AUGAUCCGCGGCGCCUGGAUGUCCCCCCGCGGGGGCGCCGCCGGCGGGGCGGUGUGCUGCGCGCCGCGCCGCAGCGACAAGCCCGCGGCCGACCCCGAGCGGGCGCAGAAAUGGCGCCUCUCGCUGGCCUCGCUGCUCUUCUUCACCGUGCUCCUCUCCGACCAUCUGUGGCUCUGCGCCGGGGCCAAGCUGCGCGCGCGGGAGCGGAGCGGCGCCGGGCGGCCGCGGGGCCGCGGCCCGCGGGCGCUGCUGCCCGCCGAGCCGCCCCCCGCCGCCGCCGCCGCCGCCGCCUGCGAGGCCUUUCUGGGCAACCUGAGCGGCGCCCCGGGGCCGCCGCCCUGCGCCGCCGCCCGCGGCGACCCGGCCUGGGCGUGCGCGCGGUUGCCGGCGCUGCCGCGGCGCCCGGGCCCCGCCGUCGGGGCUGGGGCGGCCGCCGCCUCCUCCUCCUCCUCCUCCUCCUCCUCCUCCUGGCGGCGGCGCCUGCUGCAGAGCCACUUUCGGAACUUCAACCUCUCCUUUUGUGAUACUUACACGAUCUGGGACCUGCUGCGGGAGAUGGCCGGCCCCGACGGCCUGGAUUGCAGCCUGGACAACCUCGUGCUGGACCUGGUGGCCGCCGCGGCCGGGGCGCUGGACGGCGAGGCGUGCGGCAGCUGCGUCCAGGCCUACCAGCGGCUGGACCAACACGCUCAGGAAAAAUAUGAGGAGUUUGACCUCUUGCUGGAGAAAUACUUGCAGUCGGAAGAGUACUCGGUCCGAUCCUGCGUGCGGGACUGCAAGGCUGUCUACAAGGCCUGGCUGUGCUCCGAGUAUUUCAACGUGACACAACAACAGUGCCGACACCGGAUCCCAUGCAAGCAAUACUGCCUGGAGGUGCAGACCAGGUGCCCCUUCGUGUUGCCGGACAAUGACGAGCUGAUCUAUGGAGGUUUGCCUGGCUUCAUCUGUACGGGGUUGCUAGAGAACCAGCUGCCCGACGAGGAGGCCAAGUGCUGCGAAGUGCAAUGGGACUCCUGCGACCGCCCGCCAGACAGCAACUACAACACAUCCCCCAAAUCCACCGCGUCCGAGUCGCUCCAUUACCGCCACCACGACCCCCACCUCCAUCACCAGCGGCAGAACCACUACCACCUCUACCACCACCACCACCACCACCAGUACCACCAGCCCCACCCGCCAUCGCUGCUGCCAGUCUCCGCAGGGUCUCGCCUCAGCAACAGCAGACUCAGACUGUGCGUCCUGGUCCUCAUGCUUCUGCACACCAUGGUGUCCUUCUCGAGCGUGCACAGCAGCGGCGGGGCGGCCGGCGGCGGGCUCGGCUUGGAGGCCCUGCCCGCCGUGGACGAGAGCGUGACGCGAGACGAGUGACGCGGAGGGGAAAGGAGGUCUCCAAGAAGAAUGCCAGAUCUUUUUCCACUAAGGGGGGCACACGCUAUUCCUCCAAUGGGAGGCACGGGAUUGGGGGUGACGCACACACACACACCCCCGCACAUACCCCCAAGAGCUGCUCGCCGCGGGGCAUCCCCGUGAUGAAGAGUCUCUAAUGCGCACAGGGCUGCGGGACUCGGCGUUGAGAAGGGUUCGGUCAGAAGCAGCCCGGCAGCUCGGCGCGUCCGGCCUCGUAGAGGCGCCGGGUGCCGGCGCAGGAAGGUACGGCGGAGGGGCAGGGAGAACGGAGGGGCUGCCUUCCCAAGAGGUCUCCCCGUGGGAUUGCCGCGGGUCUCCCAGCCGCCCCACAGAUGUGCCACGUGGCCCCCACCUCACCUGCCACCUAAACGCCAAGAGUUUAAAAAUCAACCUAACCCCUGUUUCUUUUCCUCCUCGGUCUCUAAAGCCCAGCAUCCUGCCGUCCCCAGUUGCCGGGGGGGCCUGGGAGCAGCACCUCUCUCCAAGUCCUUGCCCCUCUCCUAUCUGGGAAAAAAAAUGCCAGCUCAGAGGCAGUCCCCAUCUUUCGUGGCAGAGCGCAGAGCCCUCAGCAUGCCGUUGCUGCCCAGACAGCCGGGCCCGGGCUCGUCCUUUUGCUGAGAGGAGCUGGGGUUUACGAAUGCGAAACGCUGUCCUAUGCGGGGUUCAUCUCGGUCAGGUCCUUACCUCCUCCUCCAGCUUGGCUCUCCCGCUCUUCUCUUGUACAGAGGUGGAGAGGGAGAGAGGGUGGGGUGGAUCAGGCAAGGAUGUUCCCAGGGUUCCUAAUGUUCCACUCUGCAAUGUAUCCUGAUGAUUUCAUUUAACUUUUUUUUUUCUUUUUUGUUUUCUUUCCUCUAUGGAAGGGUUUGUCUCAGAGAGGAGUUAGGCAGAUGUGACUCUAGCAGUGCACAGGCUAAGCCGAGGGAGACUUCAAGUUUGUGGUUGGUUCAAGAAUAAUAACAAUUGGAUAAAAGGCUUCAAAAGGCAUCUUUCCAUGCUUCUUGUACAAAUCAUGUAGGAGAUGGCAUAAGGACUGGGCAAAAGGGCUGGAGAAAUCUGGCUUGUGGAGAUCUAGUCUCCCACACAGAGAACAGGCGUUAAUGAACCCCAGCUGGGGAGGAGAGUAUUUAUGAACACUUUUUUAUCAAGAGCUACUUCCCAGAUCAGGAAAUUUCUAGGAGCCCUGCUGGGACAGCUGGACUGAGACGGGCAAGGUGCUGUCUGGUGCAGCCUAAAUUGACUCACUUUUUUUACCUGAGCUCAGUUUAUCCAGGUAUUCAGCCUCAAACAGGUAUUAGAUCCCAACUCUAGUAUGGGACUUCCAAAUCCUCCAUCCACCCACUAGGAACUACACUCGGAAUAAUGUUGGAAGGUGGCGUGUGGGAUACUUCACUGUGCGUCCUGCGUGGUCGGGGAUUCUUCCUGUGGGGCCUGUUUUCAAGGCAGUUUCUCUCAGUCACUUGUUAUUGUACUGUGAUAAGUUGGUACAAUCUAGCAAGAAUGAAUGAUACUGUGAGAGGCCUGGAUGGAAACAGGAAAAUGAACUAAAUUGGGAAUGAAGAAAGAACUAAGGAUCAGAUAUUAGAGAAAAGAGAGUUCAUUCUGGAUAUGGGGUGAAGGAAAAGAUGAAUAUGCGCUUUAACACUGUGGUAGUGGUGUGAGGUGAAGUACAUGCAGAUGGGGAAGCAGGCCGCAGCCAGCUGCAAAAUGUCUAAAUCGCAAUAUGGAUAUAAACCUGGUCAUUUCUUAUAGAGGAGAAAGUGUGACUCUUCCUCUACUUCUAGACUGCCUCUUCACAGGUACCUACAGCAGAGCACAGAUUGGCAUUUUUGUGGUCCUGCUGGUAGGCAGGGACCAAGCAAAGAACAAUAUUUUGCUGCAUCUCAAACCAAUCCCAGAUCCCUGUGAGGGUCAAAGAAGUCACAAAGUUCAGGACUGUAAAUAUUUUGUGUUUUCUGGUCUGUUGAGGUGAAGCAAAAAUAGGCAAAGUACCAUGAGAAAAGCUACUUCCUACCUGGCUGGAAGGGAAGUACCAGGACUCUCAUGGGAAAGACUGGUUUCCUGAAACUUCCAGCCCAUUUCCAGACCAAAGAGGCUCUGAAAAGCAGCUGAAUGUUUGACUUCUGCUUUGACUUGAAUCUCAGAGCUUUGGGGUAAUGUUUACACAUUAUCGGUUAUGUGUUACCAAAGUCCUGCAGAUACAAAGCCCGUGAACUCAUUGUCCGUUGGUUAUCAGGCACGAUGUAGCAAGGUUGAUAUAACUAGGUUUCAGGAAAGAUGCAGAGAGUGUUUCCCAAGCAGAUUUUAUUGUUGUUGCUACCCAGAAUAGGUAGGACCAUUCUUGUUUGAAUAUUCAUAACAGCAUCCAUAUAUUUUCAGUCUAGUUUACACAGAUCCGAGAACCAGUAUAUGCAGCAGGUUAGCAAAUAGGAAUCUGACUUUGUUUGUUCUGUUGCUAAAAAAUCCGUUGUGUAGCUGCUUUGAUGAAUAGCAAAAGCAUACAGCUAGACCAAAGGAGGGAGCACAGUCAUGUUCCUGUCUCAAGACAACCAGAUCCAGUCCAUUCUUUAGGAAAUUAGAUUUUUCAUGUACUGCCAAGAGUUAAGCUAAUUCCAGGCGUCUCUUUCAGAGAUAGGCUGAAUCCAAUCUUUGAACAACUCAUCUAGAGAGAGAGGAAUCGCCCAGUGUGAUGCGUCAGCAAGUGGCCCUGAGUCACUGGCCCUGUUCCUUGUCUGCUGUGGAGCCUGCUCCGAUGAGACAGUGCAGGACCCAGAAUCUGCUCUGCCACGGAUAGCAGGGCACCGGGCUGCUCUGUUUUGCCCCACAUGUGUGUGCCGUAUCAUACGGAUCCAGUGAGUGCCAAUCUCAUCCCUGAGGGGCAAGUGCCGUUGUGCCCACCCUGAAGCUCUCGUGCACUGCCAGAGACCAGAGCAAGGUACACGUGCAGUAGCGUAAAUGAGAAUCCGGACUCGUACAGUCUCCUGUGACCCUGAAUGUAAGGGCACAGAGAGCUUCUGCGCCAGCGUAGGUACUAUGGGAUGUCAGGAGAGGAGUGAAUGCUGCAGAGCUUGAAGGAAUGAAGUCGAAUAGCCGAGGUGGUCUUACAUGGGCAUCCAGAGGGGCUCAGGGAGGCUGGAUAGGUUUUGCUGAAAUAACCUGAGAGCUGUGAGAAAUGUCUUUAUCAUAACUAAUAUCAGAUGAUGAGGCAGAGAUCCCUUACUACAUCCCAGUGAAUGAUCUGAAAGCUGAGCAGUUUCAAAGAUUGGGUCUUCAGUGUAAUUACUGAGGCAGUGUAGUUGCAUCAGCCUAAUCAGCUGAACAUGAUGCAGGUACACAGCACACAGGGAAGCUCUGCAGGGCUCUUCUGCUCUAACUAAAGGAGAUCCAAACAUUUUCCAAGCUGCAGCUUCCCACAAGGUACACACGUAAGCAUCACUCACUGUAUCAGUGUGAAGGGCACCGUGUCUCCUGGCACGGAGGGUGAUGUGAAUGCGCACGGUAUGGAGACUCGCUGGCAGACGCAUGGCUGUGUUUUUUACCUAGUGUGACUGAGAAGAAAGUGCUGAGUCUUCAGAGAGCAAGGCUUUUGGAAGGAGCUCUUUUAUUUAGCAAGUCUAGGCUGCUGUCAAUAAGUUCUGUGGUUUUAGGGCACCAUAUGCUGUAUUCAACACUUUGCCAAUCUAGUUAAAUGGAUCCAGACUAGGCUGUUCACAGAACAGGACGGAGCAGCUGGAAGCGGUGUAUGUUGCAGUCCGUCAUUAUAAGGCCAUUGGAUAAAAAUCUUCUCUCUGGUCUGACAUUACAGCCUUAAUAAUCCUCUGUCUAUAUUAGCUCUCUCUUUGCUGUACAAGGGAAAAGUCCAGAAAGGAGACUUUAACAUGGUCUCAGUUAGUAUCACUGACAUUAUUUUUAUUACAAGAAUGCUGCUGUUAGCCCUGGAGUGAAUUAGCCUGGGAUAAGGAGAGAAAAGAGAGGGUUUGUUUGCACAGUGCAUGCAGGUACGCUUCCCAGUCCGCUCCCCAUCGCACCCCAGUGCGAACGUGCACUCCAGGACCGGGAGCCCUUUCCAGAGCAGCUCUUGAUGCAGCCGCCUGGGACCUUGGAACAUACCAAGCCCAAAAGGAUUUAUCACACAGCAAAUCUAAAACCCAGGUGCUGUUUCCUUUCUUUUUCAGUUGAAUGACCUGGAUUCUCCUCCCCAGAGAAAGAUGCCGUGCGUUAGGAUUGGUUUGUAAAGUCAAACGUUCCCUUCAAUGACUACAUUUCUCCCCACUGAGGAAACCCCCCUUCCCAGAGCAGGGAUUCCUCAUGGUCCCGCUGAAGCAAGCAGAUUUCUGUCCCCUGGGCCACGUGUCCGAGGCGCAGGGGAGCUGGCAGGGACGGUGCAUGCCUUGAUGACCCCGCGGCAGAUCACAAGCCCCUUCGCUGGGCGCGUUCCCGUUGCUUGGCCGUCGUGCCGUUUGCCAGAGUUGCUAGCUGUACGCGAGAGGAGCCAGCCGCGGCUGAAUCCGCAGGGAAUGCAGCUGGCCAGCUGCGGCUCUGCCGCUGACGCUGCGAGAGGAAAGGUAGUCAUGUCCUGUCUGGAGUGCUGGUCUUGAGUUUUGCACUUUAAUGUAACUGCCAGUUGUACAAAUUAAUUAAAAAUAACUGAAGAAAAAUCCCAAAGAAAGGCCCUGCUUCCUCUGGUGAAGAUUAAUCACUAGUUGAGCCUUUUUCUUAUGAAAAUACAGAUCCAUGGUAGCCCCAGGCAAAAGGUUCCCAGGGAGAGCCCUCACCAUUCGUGCUCUGAGUUAGGGAAAUCACUUUGAAAGCAUCUGACAACUAAAGCAGAACAUGUUGAGUAACUUGGCAACGCUCAGAAAACAUCUUGAAAUGGUUUUUGUUCAACACAUUUUGCUCUGCUUCAAUAGGAGAUGUCAGGGCAGUUCAUUCACUGCCACUCAGGACUCCAGGCAGUGCUGGGAGACAGCUCGUUUGCCCCACGUUUGAUGGAGGGAGGAAAAAAAGAAAGAAAUUUUCUGAUAUCUGCUGAUCUCAAGGAAGGAUCCCCAUCAGCAAUGUGAUAGCACUUCCCAAAUUUUGUACGUGUCUUCUGGCAAGCGUGGUCUACUUGUGCUGCAUUUGAAAUGGAGAUUGGUGAUUUACAGCACAAGAGCGGGGCUGUUUGCACUGAUGGUGAAACUGGGAACCCUGCUGGGAGUGGUCACUAGUUUGUGUUCAGGCUUUUCGUUUAAGUCUCUACCCUCAAAAAGUCAUGCAGCAGCUUGUAAUAAAUUAUAACACGAUACCUAGCUACCACCCCAGAAAGGAAUGCAUAUAGAAAUUAAUAGAGACAAAUUCAGGGGAGUUGUACAGAAAUAUACUCAGAUUUUUUGAAAAUCACUGUUAAAAUCUAUGCAAUAUGUCUGACAAUUUUUUAUAGCCUUUUUGGGCUGCCUUGUGGAUUUCUAUCCGCAGGAGUAUAAAUCUCUAUUAAAUCAUAUUUGAAAGGUUAAGAAGGGCAAUUUCUAAUGUUUAGACAAGAUGUUGAUAACAACUUACUUCAGCCUGUCAAACAAAGUCAGUUCAUAAGCAUUCCAGUGGGAUGAGAGAGGUACCUAAAUUACCCAAACCCACGAUUAUCCGUUCUCCCCCUCAGGCGAACUUUGAGUAGUGCUCCCGGGCAGCAGCAGGUCUGGGAGCUCUGAAGGUCCAUCUUUUCCCAGGCCCAAGCAUCGCUUAUGCUGUAUUUCAGGGGAGAAGCUUUUUAGCAGCUCUCUUUGGUUGUUCUCCAUCCUGUGGGGCUCUUUGGGUGAAUGUUUUCAUUCCCGUGCUCUGCGGGAGGGUGGGGGUAGAGGAAGGCAGGAGCACUGCUUACUGUCCUGGUCAGAAACGCUGUGAAGUUCUGCUAUGCAGACCUGCGUGCUGGUGGCCUGUAACAGCAGUGGGGAUUUGUUUAGGGAGGAGUUAUUAUUUCAAGUUUUAAUAUUGGAAAUGGGUAUUAAAGAAUGUGAGAGGGGUGGCUGGAAGCUGCGUAGCCACGUAGAGGAUGCUGUGUAGCUGCGCACAGGUGGACUUUGUGUCGCAGUGCAAGGAGCAGCCACAGGUUUUGUAGCUGUCCACCAAAGCAGCGGUGUUGCUGCAAGCUCUCUCCGUUCACUCACACCAUGAUCAUCCUGCUCUAUUUGUACCCUGAGCAGGAGUGAAGAAUCGAGACCUGAAUGCUGCAAAUUCAGGCAUUUUAUACCAUUCCUGCAGCUCCAAACCACAAGUCCCACGGAGAGGCAGUGGCCUCUCUCAAUGUGUAGCUGACGAAGCCAGCACUGACCCUGCUCCCCAAGGCUGAAUGGAGAAGAGAAGCCCUCAAAGCCUGGACUUGCUCUACCAUCUGAGGGUUGCUGCUGGCUGAGUCUCAGGUGCAUCUGACCACACUUGCUCUGGCCUUUUGCAGUUUGGAUUUUGUAGGCUGUGUAGCUGUCCCCUCCUGGCACAGGUUGUCACGUCACUACGGGACGCCCGUCUUGUUGGGUGGGGAGUGCUGAACAGAGGUGAAGGAGAAGUUUCACUGCAGAGCCAGGUCACACAGCCCUGCGCUGAGACCUGCGAGGGAGGUCGCAGGCCUUCAGAUGCCACUGGGUUAGAUCUGGUGCAGCUCUCUAAGGGACCUUCAGCUCUGCUCUCCAGGACUCCCUUCUGGGAUGAAGGGAGCACAGGAAAUAUUGUGGCCAUAUGUGAAGGAUAAAUCAUUUUCAACUAGGGACAUUAAGAAAAUGAUUCCUUUUAAAAGCUGCUGGAUUUUUAAUUUCUCUGUGUUUCUAACCUGCUCCAUUGCACACCUCCUAACAACACAUGUAGGCAGGAGUUACAAACCAGGCAUCAAACUCCCUGAGCCAGGACAACUGCUGGUAUUCCUCUUAGGAGAAAGCAGAAACAUUGUGGUGUGCGUUUCUCUGGGAUUUUUUAAGUUGUUAGCACAUAAAGUGUAGCAAAUGUUCCAUACGGUCCCCAGGGAGGAAACCCAAGGGGAGUAGCUGGGUCCUCUGGUCUCUUACAAACCCAAGCACAUCUCCCCAUAGCUCUUGCAGAACUAGGCAGUAGCAGCUGUGCAAGGAAAUACUCACACUGUAGGGUCUUUUCCAAAUCCAAUAGCUAUAUUUCCUUCUCUCCUUUUUUUUUUCUUUUUCGGUACUUUAUGAGUAUCUCUUGCUGCUUUUUACUCUGGAUAUUCCAGUUAACUUCAUCCUACAUGUCCCAACCUCAGGAACAAAGUACCAGUCGUUCUGCAAAUCAGUCCUGCAGGACACACAAACCACCUGAUCAGGUGUCUGUGCCACAUACGUGGCAGAGCUCCGCUGCGAGGAACCUCCGAGCCUCACUGCAAAUGCUGCUCCCAGCUCCAGUGCCCUUCUUUUUUGCCAAAUCCCAGCAUAAGCCACUGCCUGUAAGACUUGCUGCUCCCAGACAGGAGAUGGGCUGAAUUACUAAAUAACAUCUCCUGCAGCUUAGUUUUAUUUUCUGUAUAUCUAGUUUAUUUAUUUGAAACAAGGUCAAGAGUAGUUUCCUCUCCUGUUAACAUUUGGUACUAUGGAGUUUUAUUAUGAUCCUUUUUCAGACCAGGAAGGCUACGACUUUCUUGUUGUAAACUGAAACUCCAAAACACACACAAAAUUGGGAUUGGCUUAAGAAAUUUGGGGUUGGUUUUACGAUUUUUAAAUGUAUUUAUUUGGGAACUGUAUGUGCUUGAGUUGCAAAACAAAAAGCCAUUUCAAGCCAGGCUGCUUUUUUUUUUUUUUUUUUUUUUUUUGAAACUUGUCAAAACAAGCCAUAUUGAUAAUUAUGACCAAUUUUUUUCAAAUUGAGGAAUGUAUCAGGAACAGCCCUUUCCCACAAACCCUUUCAUUUUCAAAAAAUAAAAUGAAAAAAAUCAAUCACGCUUUUUCUGCUCACACAGUUGGAACUGGUGGCUGCGUAGUCUAAGAGAAUAGCAAUUUGUAAGGAAUUCCAACCAGCUCUACUUAAAAUAGCAUCCAGCCGAUUUCUUGGGGGCAGUAGGCUGAGCAGCUUAGUGGUGAAAGCAAACCGGAGAGUCUCCCGUUUUACCGUGGCUGUUUCAGCCCAGGAGAACUGCUUGUGUCUGUUCCUGACGUGGUUUGCUGCUGAGGUACUGCUGUCUGCAGGGAAGCACCACUUUUUUCUUUAGGACCUCACUCCGUGUUGGAUGCCCCCAGCUAGCCUUUUAACCAAGCUCUAUUUUCUUUUCCAAACCGAAAUGAAUCCAGCUUCUUCUAGCUUCCAGUCCAUUCAGAUAUCACAGUUAUGGGAAGCCUUCAAAACCAGAGAUAUUCCCACAUGUUCACGGGAGUUUGAAUUUGAAGAAAUUAAAUGCAUUGGUCCAGCAGGGAUACCACAAAGUGAGUGUGCAUGAAGGGAGAACAGCAAACAUCACGUUUCAAUAAUAACCAGUUUAAAGGAGUGUCUUGAAAAGAAGAGAGCCCCAAAGAAAGCAUUCCUUGCCCUCCAGCCAUUUUCGAUUCAAAGCCUGGGAGAUGCUGUUGGAAGACCAUACACGUCCUCUCUGACCCUUUGCUGAUGGUGAGGGACAGGCACUUUGAGGUCCAGACGAGCUGGCAGAUCAAAGGAGUGCAGGGGGAACCUCCCCAGGAAUCGGAUGGGCCCCUGUGGGAUGGCUUUGCGUGUACGUGGAAAAGGCUGUUUGUGACCGAACCCUUCUCAAGUGCUUGUGAAAUGUUGGUGGUUACAGAGCUCAGACCUACAAAAGGUCCUUUUACAGUACAUGGUGGCGAGGUGAAAAAAAAACCAUACUGCUGAAGUCAAAAUAUUCUUUCUAAUCCCCCUGCCCAGUUUCUCUUUCUUUCCAGCUUUCUUCUUCCUCUGCCUUCCUAACCUUCCCUCUCUAUUCCCCACCCUCCUUCUGUUUCUCUCUUUCUCCCCUCUGUCAUAAGAAAGUGACUGUGUCCUUGAGGGGACAGUUUUCUUAUGCCAUUUUAUACACUGUGCUUCAUGUUUAGAACUUUUUUGCACUAGUUCCUAUUACAUUUAUUUUCCAAAAUGGUUUGACAAAAAACAAAACAAAAAAACAAAAACACAAAACCAUGCUAUAAUUCAGUUGUAUUAAAAUAUUAUCCUACUACUCUCUGUGUUCAAUAGUCUCUGUACCUGUAAUGCUUUCAGUUCUGUUGUAUUUUGGGGCAGAGGUUUUCUCCGCUCCUUGUUUAACCCAGUAAAGAAAUAAAAUGUUAAGAAUUGAUGAUAA